AUGUCUCUUCGCAAUACCUUUACCAUCCCUCCACCAUCCCUCCACCAUCCCUCCACCAUCCCUCCACCAUCCCUCCACCAUCCCUCCACCAUCCCUCCACCAUCCCUCCACCAUCCCUCCACCAUCCCUCCACCAUCCCUCCACCAUCCCUCCACCAUCCCUCCACCAUCCCUCCACCAUCCCUCCACCAUCCCUCCACCAUCCCUCCACCAUCCCUCCACCAUCCCUCCGCCAUCCCUCCGCCAUCCCUCCGCCAUCCCUCCACCAUCCCUCCACCAUCCCUCCACCAUCCCUCCACCAUCCCUCCACCAUCCCUCCACCAUCCCUCCACCAUCCCUCCGCCAUCCCUCCGCCAUCCCUCCGCCAUCCCUCCACCAUCCCUCCACCAUCCCUCCGCCAUCCCUCCGCCAUCCCUCCGCCAUCCCUCCCACAUCCCUCCACCAUCCCUCCACCAUCCCUCCACCAUCCCUCCACCAUCCCUCCACCAUCCCUCCACCAUCCCUCCACCAUCCCUCCGCCAUCCCUCCGCCAUCCCUCCACCAUCCCUCCCACAUCCCUCCACCAUCCCUCCACCAUCCCUCCACCAUCCCUCCACCAUCCCUCCACCAUCCCUCCACCAUCCCUCCACCAUCCCUCCACCAUCCCUCCACCAUCCCUCCACCAUCCCUCCACCAUCCCUCCACCAUCCCUCCACCAUCCCUUCACCAUCCCUUCACCAUCCCUCCACCAUCCCUCCACCAUCCCUCCACCAUCCCUCCACCAUCCCUCCACCAUCCCUCCACCAUGCCUUCACGUGAUGGCUCACAGGGCAAUGUUGAAUGCGAGAACAGGGCAAUCGACCUCUCUCGCAACUAUCUCACAGGCCCCAUAGUGAAGCCAGCUAACGUGCUGGCUAUGCUUUCAUACAACUACCUCUCGGGCACUCUGCCUGCACAGCCGACAGACUUGCUGGAUGCAAACUGCUUCAAACUGGCUGACGGGGAAACCACACCCCUGCAGCAAACGGACCUUGUCUCUCCAGUAGAGGGGGAAAUUCUCCCUGCAUCAACCGUGCUCACAGCAGGAGCGAAAAAGGAGGCAGUAGGAAUGUUCAACCCAGACCCAGUGCCUCUCUUCAUGUACGAAGCUGGGCGUGUGUACCCAGGCUGUGGGUUCGAGCUGGCAUUCAGUGUCAACUUCACCUUCGCCCUCUCGCCUAAAGGCAGGGCUGUUUCCAACGGCUUCGCUUUUGUCGUUUCGGCGACCAACACAGUGGGGAGCGACGUUGGCGUGGGCUACGGUGGGAUGGACACCCGAAGCAUGGCGGUUGAGUUUGACAUGCUUCAAAACAAGCCGCAAGACACCAUCCAAGUCCCGCACGUGGGGGUGAAUAUCCAGGGCCAGGAGAAAUCAGUCGCAGCUGUGAAGUCCCCGUUCCCACUGGCCAACAAGAAGCCGUACACGGCAUGGGUGGAUUAUGUGCCUGGGGACCCCGGAUUCGUUCGGGUGUUCCUAGCAACAACAGCAGUGAAACCAUCAAAGCCGCUGCUAGAGACCCGGCUGUCGCUGUGUGCGGUGCUGAAGCCAGGGCCGCCCCAGGCUGUCCCAGAGCAGCCGCGGGCGUUCUACUUUGGCUUUGUGGCGUCCACCACAGUCAAGCCGUUCAUGAUUCACACCAUUACGAGCUCGUACCUGCGCACAGAUGCAUGCUGGGCAUACGCAGUGGUGUCGAGCAUAGAAGCAGCAUACGGCAUCGCGACAAACCUAGAGGCGCCAAAGCUGUCAGUGGAUUCACUCUUCACAGCCAUGGGCCUCACCACCCAGACAGCCAAAUGCAACGCUGGAGGCUCCCCCACAGAUGCCUUUGAGAAACUAAUGGCGCUGCCAAAGGGGGCCAUUACUAUGGACGGCAAUAAGGGCUUUGAGCGCACUGCAUUCAAGGGGUAUGUGGGGCUUUUGCUGGCAGUGCAGAAGCAGCCAGUGGUGGUUCACAUUGAAGCCACUGUUGCCUCCUUCGCCAAAUACGACGGGGAUCCUGGCUGCUAUACCGGCAACCUGAACCACGUUGUACUCGUUAUUGGGUACUUCGUUUUGAGGGAUGAUGGGAGCGAGAACCGCAUUGCGCCGCCGUUUUGGAUCAUCCGCAACUCGUGGGGCGAGGAGUGGGGAGACAGGGGGCACAUGCGUCUGGACAUGCAGGGAGGCGAUGGUGUGUGUGGCAUCAACGUGCUGCCUGGCAUCUACCCCAUUGUCAAGACUUUCCUGAGGUUCAUGGGGUUCAUCCUUCCCUUAUCUCCUCCUGCCCUCUCUCCCUCUCUUCUGUGCCUUCCAGUUCCCAAGGACCCAUGCGGCUUGAAGAGCUACAAGGGCGAUGGAGAUCUGAAGCCCAGCAUGAACCCGUGCGGUCGCUUCACCUGCAUGCCCAACCUCAAGACCAACAGCAACACCUGCAACUGCACCAUUCCGGAUCAGACCAAGCAGCCUUUCGUUGAGGCUGCAAACGGCUAUGGAAACAUCUGUGUAUAUGUGGACGUGUGUGGGUCGUACUUCAAGAACCCUUGUGCCGUGGGCACAUGCAUCAAUGAUGGAAAGGGAGCCUACUCCUGCAUCUGCCCUCCCAACUACGUCCCCAGCCGAACCAUUGACAACUUUCCCACCUGCGACCCAGGUGCUGCUCCCCCCCCACCUUCCUGUGCCUCUUUUGAGAAUUUUCAAAAGUCAUACCAAUAUAGCUUCCCCACCUGCGACACAGGUGCUGCUCCUCCCCCACCCUCCUGUGCCUCCUCUUCCCUCCAACGGCUCACUCCCCUGUACCCGUUUCAACAAAAUUUGUAUUUCUAG